UAUAAUAUUAAAGAUUAUACAGAUGAUCAUGAAGCAAGUCUGCAGGAAUUAUUUGAUCAUUUUAAUCAAUUUAUAGAAUCUCUUCAAGAAUCAGUUAUAAGUUAUAAUUAUCUGCCUGCUGAUGCUAUUUAA